GCGCGGCGGCGGCGGUCGCGGGAGCGGCCCGGGAGCGAAAGCAGCGCGGGAGCGGCUGAGGGGCGCUGUUGCCAUGGAGACGAGCGCGCACCCCUAUUGGCCGCGCGCGCUGGCGUUGCCGGGGUUACGUGGCGGGCGCGGCGGCCCCGGCUGGCAGUGCGCAGGCGCGGUGGCGGCGGCGGCGGCGGCGCUGUUCGCGCUGGGCUGGGCCCUGGGCGGGACCGGGGGCGGAGACAAGGGCGGGGCGAAGGGCGUAGCCAAGCGAAGCCCCGCCCGCCGGCUGGUCCUGGGCUGGUUCCUGGUGUGCGCCGGCAUCCAUGGGGUCCUGGAAGGAUAUUUCAGCCUCCGGCACCGGGAGCUGCCCGCCGACACCGGGCUGCUGGCCGACGUCUGGAAGGAAUACGCCAAGGCCGACAGCCGCUACAUGACGAGCGAUGACUUCACGGUUGCCAUGGAGACGGUGACAGCCUGGGCCUGGGGUCCUCUGAGCUUCCUCACCUUCCUCGCCCUCCUGCGGCAGCACCCGGCCCGCUACAUCCUGCAGCUCGUGGUGUCCCUGGGCCAGCUGUACGGUGACAUCCUGUACUUCGCCACGGAGGCCGGGGCGGGCUGGGCUCACAGCGACCCCCACCCCCUUUAUUUCUGGGGUUACUUCGUGGGGCUCAACGGGCUCUGGGUGCUCGUGCCCGCCCUGCUGAUGCUGGAUGCCAGCCGGGAGCUGGCGCGGGCACAGCGCGGGCACGACCGGCCCCGGCACAAGGCUCACUGAGGGGGGGGCGGGGAGAGACCCCCGGGG